AUGUCUUCCAAUUGGGAAAAAUUAAAAAAAAAAUUGGAUAGCACAAAAAGUGGACGAAUUGAAAAGAAAACCGGAAAAAACGAGAAACCAAGACAUAAGAAAGUUGUUCCGAAUGGAAAAGAAGGUGCUUCUCGAGAUGGACUACAGAUCAACGAUACGCGUACAAAAGAGUUGAAAGACUUUGCUCGAGAGCACGAUCUUCCUGAAUCACAAGUUUUUGACGCAUAUGGUGUGGAUGCUGGAAACCUGACACGAAAGACAAAUUUGGAAACUCUUGGAAAGUAUAUUGCAAUGGACUGUGAGAUGGUUGGAGUUGCUGAUGACAUGUCUGUGCUGGCGCGCAUUAGUAUCGUCAACUAUCACGGACGGGUUGUUUAUGAUACCUAUGUUCGACCAAAAGAACGUGUGACGGAUUGGCGAACUUGGGUAAGUGGUGUCAAAUCAUUUCACAUGCGAGAUGCUCCUCCAUUUGAAAAAGUUCAGAAAGAGGUAGCCGAUGUUUUAGAAAAUCGCGUUCUCGUGGGACAUGCGAUACAAAAUGAUUUAAAGGUCUUACUCUUAUCACAUCCACGUAGACUAAUUCGAGAUACAAGUCGAUUUUCUGGAUUUCGAAAAUUAGCAAAGGGAAAAACACCUUCUCUCAAAAAACUCGCUGAGCAGGUGCUCGGCAGAGACAUUCAAUCCGGUCAGCAUUCUUCUGUUCAAGAUGCUCAGGCGACGAUGGAUCUUUACAAACAUGUGAAAAAGGAAAUGGAUGAAGGUUAUUUCAAACGUGGGUUUAAAGGUUAA